AUGAGUUCCGACAAAAGUAAAGAAGCGGAAGUAGAACGCGACUACACCAAGCCGUUGGUGCAGCAUUCGCCUAGUAGGCAAACCAGUGAAGACAAGCAAACACGAUCGAAAACAAAAGCGUCGGAAGUAGCAAAACAGAGUGCGACGGAAAGCGACGCGGAUAAAAUGAAAAGAUUGUUCGAAGAGAAUCAGAAUCUGAAAAAACGAUUAAAUCAGCGAGAAAUCGUAUGCGAAACAGAAACGAGUAGCGUAGAUAAAGACGAUAUCGUAUUGUGCUUGGAUGAAAUUCGUGCGAGGUUAGAGAAUUUAGAGACGCGUGGAACACGAUGCGCGAACGAAUCCGAAGGCGCGAGCGAAACAAUGGCCGUGCCAAAAACGUCGGGAAACAACGAAGCAUCGACGCGUAAAAUAACGAUCGACCGAGACGAGAAUUUCUUAGUGCGUGCGAGAUUGCCAAAAGGGGGCUGGUUAAAAAAUCCCUUUGAAGAUUUACGUUAUUACGGAAAAGCGGAUGCCCAAAGCCCUAUGAAAUUUUUAAAACGCUUCGAAAAAAUCGCGUCAUACGAGGAAAUUAAUGAGCAGGAACAGCUCUACUUCUUCGGAAAAUGUAUGCGCGCGAGUGCGUUAAAUUGGUUUGAUGUACGCGAACCGGAAAACAUAGACGAGGCAAAAAAGCUCUUCGUUGAAUGUUUUUGGAACGACGAGCAACAAGCUAGAUUUAGAGAACACGUCUAUACGGGAAACUACACGCCCAAUGAAAAAUCGUCAAUGGCGGAAUACGCGUUAGAUUUGGCGAAACGAGCGAAAUGCUUAAACCCACCGAUGUCCGAAGCGGAAAUAAUAAGAAACGUAAAAAGACAUUUUGGAAGGGAAAUAGCGCGAGAAAUAAGACCGACAACGGUUAAAGACAUCGAGGAGUUCACGAGGUUAUUGGACGAACUCGAGUAUGAAAGCAAGCGCAACAAGGAAACGAAAACGUGUGAUGAAACCCCAAAGACCCAAGCGACCAAUAAAAACGCGAGGACGCAGAAUCGACAAAGUUACGCGAGAUCGGAAGGGGAUGAGUAUCGCGAAAACGACAACAAAAGAAACGCGACGCGGAAGACAACACCGUUCGUAAACAAACGCCGUUAUGACGCGAGCGACGAACGACAAAAGCGCAAGGUAGCCGCAAUCAGUUCAAACGAUUUCAAGGAAGCGAAAGACGAAAGUCUUAGCGAUGUUAACGAAAAUAGCGACGCGGAAGAAAAGAACGUAACAAUAAUUCGUACGAGGGAGCUCAUACGCGAUGUCAAACAAGUGUCGAAGCAAGACCAACGCGCGGAUACAAAAAAGCCUAAACCUUAUGUGCAGGUGAAAAUUAGAAACGUUGCGACAAAAGCAUUGGUCGACACGGGGGCACAGAUAUCAGCUGUGACGAAAGACCUCUACGAUAAGCUAAUUUCGGAAGCGAUCGAGAUGCGCGUUAUACCAAUAAAACAAUUCGUUUUGAGAGGGGCAUUCAGCGAUAAGGGCCAACCCAUCGCGAAUCGCAUACAAAUCGAAUUCGAGAUCGAAAGCGAAAAAUACUUACACGAAUUUUACGUAGUUAGGAAUCUGUCUUACGAGAUGAUUCUCGGAAUCGAUUUUCUUACGGAACAAGCCGCGAUACUUAAGUGCAAUCAGAGCAAGUUCAUAGUCGAAUUUGAUAACGCAGCAUCGAAAUUAAACAACGACGGUCGUAAUAAAAUUAACGCGAUAAGCGCGGAAGAGGCGACGUCUAUGUUCAAUGAUAUAAUUAAAAAAUUCAAAACGCUAUUUCAGAACGAAAUAGGGCGCGUGACUCACUACAAGCAUACUAUCGAAAUAAAAACGGAUAAGGCGUACAAAGCAAAGACAUAUCCUAUACCAGACGCACAUCGAGAGGCGGUACGUGAGCAUAUACUAGAUCUCGAAAAACAGGGAAUAGUUAAGCGCGAAGCAACGCAGUAUGUAAAUCCAUUAGUAGUAGUUGUUAAAAAGACGGGCGAAAUAAGAUUAUGUCUUGACGCGCGCGAACUGAAUAAAAGAAUGGCAAAUGACCAUGAUCAACCACCAACGAUUGACGAAGUAUUUCGUAGAAUAGGAAGCCGGAAGUACUUUACCACCUUGGACGUGGCUAAGGCAUUUUGGCAAAUACCAUUGAGUAAAGAUAGCACGCGAUACACAGGUUUCAUUUUCGAUAACCAAACGUAUGUAUUCAAUAGACUACCAUUCGGUCUUAAAACGGCGGGAGCAUCUUUUACUAGGGCCAUACGAAAAGCGUUGGGUAAUAAAUGCGACCCGUUCACGAUUGUAUACUUAGAUGACAUAUUAAUAGCGUCAAAUUCGCUAGAAGAACAUUUAUUUCAUGUAAACUAUGUUCUUAAAAAAUUAGAAAAGGCGGGAUUUAGAUUAAACGAACAAAAAUGUGAAUUCAUGAAAACUGAGAUAAGAUUCUUAGGUCACACGUUUGACGAAAUUACCGCAGAGAUGAAUGAGGAUACGAAAAUGGCGAUAAAAAAUUUCGCGAGACCAAAAAAUAAGAAAGGAGUACAAGCUUUCUUAGGCCUAGUAAACUGGGACAGAAGAUUUAUAAAAGGUUUUUCAGAGAUGACCAAACCGCUAGAGAACCUACUAAAAAAGAACGUGAAGUUCGUAUGGGGACAAGAAGAACAAAAAGCAUUCAAUAAUAUUAAAUUAGCUUUUGACGAAGCAGAAAAACUGUUUGUCAUAAAAGCGGAUCGAAAAUUUGGAUUGUACGUAGACGCAUCUAAAUAUGGAUUAGGCGCGAGAUUGUAUCAGUAUAAGGAUUCUGAGCCGGAUAUAAAAUACACCGUUGCAUACGCGAGUAGGUCUCUGAAAGAGCUAAAUUACACAGUUACCGAGAUAGAAUGUCUAGCACUCGUGUGGGCGCUUAAAAAAUGGCAUACCUCGUUGCUGGGAAGAAAAUUCCGUGUGCAUACUGAUCACCGUGCGUUAAAGUUUCUAAAAGCAAGUUCCGCAGAUAGCAGCAGAAUUGCGAGAUGGAUUUCAUUCUUAAACGAAUUUGAUUUAGAGAUCUGUCAUGCACCCGGUAAAGAGUACGUAAUAGCGGACACACUGUCGCGAAACAAUAUUUAUAACGGUUAUGUGCGAAAAACCGAAAAUACUAAAACAAUAGCAGCGAUUCUUCAUCCGAAUGAUGAAGCGGAAACAAGAGAAUGGGUAACAUUCAUACGAGACGCGCAAAACGAAAGCGAUGAUCUGUUAUUGAAAUUAGACGAAAAACCGGAACGAUAUUCACUAACCAGAGAUGUUGUAGCAUCUUGCGAAGUCUGUCAGGCGACGAAAUAUUAUACGCGCACGACGCGCGGAACCGAGUAUUACGAUCUGCCAGAGAAACCAGAUCAGGUCGUGUCGUUAGAUAUUUUUGGACCGUUACCACAAACAACUAAAGGGAACAAAUAUAUAUUAGUCCUUAUGGAUCAGUUCUCAAAACUAACUAAAUUUUACUGCAUGCAAAAUCAAAAGUUGGAUACGAUCCUUGACAAAAUACAAAUAGAGUUCUUUGACGAGGUCAGGAUUCCUCAUACCAUUUUAACAGACAAUGGGGGGCAAUUCAUAACCGAUCGUUGGAAAAGAUUCGCGGAGGAAAUGGGGAUACAGAUCCGGAAGACAUCUCCGAUUGUGAGGAUAGCAGAGAAUACAAUCAAUAGCACCGUGCACACGAGUACAGGGUUCAAGCCUAACGAACUACACGAGGGUCAACAAGAUCUACUGAUCAUAGACGAACGUCUAAAACCGCGGGAGACAGAGGAGAACGAUGCAGAUGAUACCGUGGAGGCGAAAAUACAACAAAAAAUCGUCCAAGCAGCAGAGAUCCUUAAACGAAGGGCAGCCCAAAGGAAAGUGCAAACGGAUAAAAGCGAAGAGGCCAAGCCAUACGAGGAAGGUGACAGAGUGUGGAUACGACUACACCGGAGAAGUGACGCUUCAAGAAGGCUCACGAGGAAAAUCCAUCUAGUGUACGAGGGACCAUACGUAAUUGGCAGAAUAAUCAGGCCAAACGCAUAUUUGGUAGUGGACGAGGAGAAUCAAGCGAUAGGCGUAUUCAAUUCAAGACAACUCAAACCACACCGAGAGAAGCCAAGAUGA